AUGACGACUGUAUUUCCAAGUUUGGUGGUUAUCAAAGGAAAAACGAAAGAGAAAGGCAAACGCAGCAAGUAUUUGAGAAGCGCAAAUAAGGAAGAGAAUAGUGAGAAUGAAACUAAUCUGUAUGUUAAAGCAGAAGAAGUUACCAAUCCUAUGGCGAAAUUCGAACUGAUAAUGGCGAAAAUGAGUCCGGAUUUUGUGCAUAUUCGAUGCUGCUACAUCAACAAAUACUUGAAGGUGUCGAUGGCCGGAAAUAUUCAGGCCAUAGCUGAGAAGCCUAUAGAAGAUGAAGGACAGUCGAGUACCAUGUUCAAAAUACUCAAAUCUGGUAAAUAUUUCAAAAUUUUCCACAAAUCGAGUAAUCGUUUCGCCUGUUUCCAUGAAUCGAAUGGACUUCUUUUCGGGGGCGCAGAUCACACGUUGGAGCCAGAUGUGUUCAAAAUCUUAGACUGGGCAACGUUUGUCAUAUUUCCCGAAAUUGUGUGUUUUUCCCAUGAAAACAUUACCAACUAUCUCAGCUACCGUGAGGAUAAUAAGAGCUAUUUAAUGUUUGUGGACGGCAUAGACAUCGCCGAUCUAACGGCAGGGAAUAAGAUAUUCACUUGGGGUGAUGGUUAUGUGCGGAUAAUGAACCUCUCUAGCAAGAAGUACUGGUGCCGCGACAGCGAUGAUUACAUCCGCGCAAACUCUGAGGAUCGCGAUGGCAACGACAAGAACACGCUGUUCUUGCCCUUCCAAUUUCAGACCCCGAAAAACACUGUGGCGCUACUCAAUUUGGGAAACAAAAAGUUCUGUAAGAAGGAGUCUGGGUAUCUUAGGGCGCAGGAGCCAAGCAUGACCGAUGAAACGAAGCUGUUGGUUUCGGAAACAGUGGUUUCGAGGAAGAUUGAAGACAUAGAUUUCCACACGGACGAUGUUAGGGUCCUUAAACAGACCAAUGUUGCGGAUACGUUGUAUUUAGGGGCCGAAAACCGAGGCAGUACAGACGACAGUCUUGAGAUUAAGAUUUCUUACGAGAAGAUUACAUCAGCUACUUUCUCUACAAGCAAUACCUUGAAGUUUGGGGGCAGUGCAACCAUCGGAGUAACAUUAAUUCCGGAACUCAUUGCGGGAACGUUUAAAUACUCUGCUGAAUUAACAGGUAAACUUAAGUGGGAGGAUACUGAGAAAUCAGCGAGGACAUUCCAAACUGGAAUUCCUGUUGGUGUGCCCCCAAAGAGUAGAGUAACAUGCAGUGUUCCAGUACAUAUGGGAACCUGUGAUGUUCCCUACUCUUAUACUCGGGUCGAUAAGCUUUACGAUGGGGAAGAAAAAAGAGUGAGGAUGCAUGAUGGAAUUUACACUGGGGUUACCACCUUCCAUGUUGACGCCAAUUACAAAAUCGAAAAAAUACCUGAUGAAGAAUUAUAA